AUGGCGGACACGGAUGAAAAAGGCGACGAAGAUAAAAGAGACCCUCUAUCUUUCUUCACUGCUGGCGAUUCUAGUUCUGGUUCGGAUUCAGAUAGUGAUGGAGAGAAGGAUUUUCAAAACAGUUUGAAGUCAAAGGCUUCAAAGGAGGAAGUGUUAUCACCCAAAACUAAAUUGCCUUCGCCAACGACUUUGUUUGCAACCGUCGGAAGACCAUCUUUUUUGGAAACAAAGGAGGAGAGUAUCGUAGACUGGGAUUCACUGUCAAAGCGCUAUGAACCAAACACAUACUCAGCUCCACCCGUGCAGUUUACUUCUGUAGCAGAGAGCAGAGACAGCGAAGAAUACGAGGACGCUGUUAUCUCGUCUGCUCCUGUGAAAUAUGGUAAAGAGAUGUCUGAUAUACAAAAACAUCUGGUUGUUCACGAAAAGCGAUCUGUAACCGCUGCUCUGAACAUAUUGAACGACAGAGGUGAGACUUAAGGGAACGCUCCAGAAUACACUGUGACUCUUGACAAUUUGCAGUCGCCAUAACGGAAGUGAGACAGGGGCGGGUGACCUUUGAAACAGCCCUUCCUUCGAUCUUAUAUGAGUUAAGUUAUGCUCGUAUGCUAAAUGAUAUUUUGUUAGCAUAAUUUCCAGAAGAAAAGGUGUGUAUCAAAAACAACGCAAGCGGGCAGUGUUUUUUUAUAUUUUGGACAACAUACAACUACAUUGUACUCUUUGUUAUGCAUCAGUCAGUUACAGCUGUGCCCCUCCCCACCCCACCCCCCGGCUACCGCGGGGCAUUUGCUUGCCUUAUCAGUCUAGGGGUUGGGCAUUAGCAAAUUUUGCGUGUCCUGGGGGUUGGGCAUUUGCCAACCCCAGGGCCCCCAAGUUUUUGACGCACAUGCGGUAUCCAAACAUAACUAAACGUAACAUGGAGGAUUUUACUGAAAUACAAGCAGAUCAGAGAUUGGCAAAUUGGUUCACCUGCCAAGGACAGGAAAAUCUUGUGGAGAUUUUUGAAGGCAUAUUUUCUCAAUUUUAUGCAUGCAUUUCUCCAUUGUUUAUCAAGUUAGAAUUACAGAGCGAAAUCGGAAGCUAUUGAUGUGAGUCAAGGUAUUUUUUUGGGUAGGAUUUGAAUAUUUAGUAGUGAUGAUUCUACUAAUACUACUAUGAUCUAUUAUGAUCUAUCUAUUCAUAUUAUUUAACUAUUCAGAACAGAUAACUUUAUGGCACACUAUUAUAAAUUUUAAUGUCAAUUUAUUUUUACCAAGGCAAUAAACUAUUUAAAUCAAGAUAAGUAACAUUAAAAUAAGAAUCAUGAAGUGGUGUAUUUGCAUGUGAAGUCUUAAUAAGUGCUAGAAAGGCAGACGUUAACUGAAACGAAAACCACUAAUUAGAAUGCUUUAUGUGGCACUAAUUGACUGUUCAAUCAAUGAUCCCCAUUGCUGACAUUUGGCACCCACCCUUGGGAAUUUGCUAUCCAAGACAAAAAAUUGUGAAUGCCCAGGGCUUACCCUUGGGGAGGGGGGAGGGGGGCAUGGGUGCAGCUGGAAUUGACUGAUGCAUUAGCUUGUUAACAUCAAAAUUACCAAGUAAAACAGUAAAAUCAUGUCCAUUGCUAGCAUCAUUCUAUAGAAUGAAAAGUCUCAUCAAACUUAACUUACAGUGCUGACAUCCAUACUUAUUUUGCUGUUUUAGAGGAAAGUGCUCCAAAGAAGCAAAAAACAGAAAAUUUCAGACAAAAGGAGAAGAGGAAACGAGAUCAAGGGCAAUCUGCACGAGGAAAGAGUUAUGUGGAGGAAGAGAAAAGGAUUCUACGCCAAGAGUUUUCAGCGGAGUGAAUUGUACUGUAUACCCAUGUAUAAAACUGCAAACACCUGGACUUGUUAAAACAGAUCAAAGUUAAAAGUUUGGGACAGUGAAAAAAAUCAGGCUUUGCAAUGAUUAUGGUUAUCAACCUAUGGCCUCCCUGACCAUAGAAAAAUAAUAGCUAUUUGCAAAAGCUAAGCAAAAUACUUGGAUCCUUAUAAUUUUUUGCAAAAUUGUU